UUGCGUCAUAUACCCGCGACUCUGCGACUGUCAACAAAUGCAGUGGGAUCUGUCAUCUCUUGUUAACUUCUGUCAACAACAUUAAGAAUCCUACAGGUGAACUGAUGUGAAAUCAACAGUAGUGACACUUCCACAAAAGAAUGGAACUCUUACCAAUUUUAGAGCCAGAGGACCACCCUCGAAGAAAACAGUGGUAUGCCCUGGUUCCCACAGGGCAAAGUCCAGGCGUCAGUGUGGGCCACACCAGCUCUUUCAUUCCCUCUGGUGAGGAGGGGGGAAAGGGAAAGAUUGUCAUUGUCGGAGGUGCCAACCCAAAUGGCAGUUUUUCUGAAUCCAGUGUCAUUGAUCUUGAGCGCCACGAGUGGGACGUCCCCGAGUGGGAGGGCUUGCGUGCACGCUAUGAGCACUGCAGCUUUUCGCCAGACGGCAGCCCCCGGAGCCUGUGGGUGUUCGCUGGAGCCCAGCAAAGCGGCAACCGCAACUGCCUCCAGGUCUUGCAGCUGGCAGACAGUGGUGGCUGGAGAGACGUCAAGGUGACUGGGGAGUCGCCCUCUGCCAGGACGUACCACACCAGCACGGCCUGCGUUGCGGACCGUCUCUAUGUCUUCUCUGGGGGAGACGCUGGCUCCUGCCCUGUGUCUGAUCCACAACUACAUGUCUUUGAUACAGUCACGACAACGUGGUCCCAGCCCAUGACCAAAGGGAAGCCUCCGUCCCCUAGGCAUGGCCACGCGGUGGUGGCAGUAGGAUCCAGCGUGUUCAUCCACGGUGGCCUGGAAGGGGACAAGUUCCAUAGUGACAUGCACUAUCUGGACACAGUGAGCCUGCGGUGGGAGAGGGUGAAGGCCAAGGGUGACGUCCCCACGGGGAGGGCAGCCCACGCCGCUGUGUCCCUGGGCACCAGCAUCUACAUCUUUGGGGGCCUGACGCCAGAGGGAGCGUGCAACACCAUGUACAAGUUCCAAACAGACAAACAGCGGUGGACCCUGCUGAGGUUUGAAGGGGACCUACCACCUAAUCGACUGGACCACUCCAUGUGUGUGGUGCCCUGGCGUGUGAGGGCCGAGGGUGCAGGGGAUGGGAAUGGGGAAGGGGACACCUCACAGAGGGCAGAGGGCAUACAACUCUGCUUUAUCUUUGGGGGAAUGGACACGGAGGGGGUGAUAUUUAAUGACUGCCUUGUCACGGUUCUGACUUGACCAAAAAAAAGGGAGCUAGAACUCUGUUGUGUAUGUAUUAAUAAACUGUUCUUUAUUUACA